ACUUCCGUGGAUCCGCAUCGUCCUCCUUCCUUGUCGAGCCGAGCAGCGCAUCAUCUCCAUCCCGCCUCAACUCCGCCGCUCGAUCGCCUCCACCCGCCGCCGUUCCGUCUACCUCUCCGACCCCCGGCGGGCGCCGCCGCCGCCGCCGCGCCUACCAUGGCUAAUACGCUGCGAUUGUAUCUCACUUGCAUAAGGAACACUCUGGAGGCUGCCAUGUGCCUGCAGAAUUUCCCUUGCCAAGAGGUCGAGAGGCACAACAAACCGGAGGUGGAGCUAAAGACUAGCCCUGAACUUCUGCUGAACCCAGUGCUCAUUUGCCGUAAUGAAGCAGAAAAGUGUUUGAUAGAGACUUCAAUCAACUCUAUUCGUAUUAGCAUGAAGGUCAAACAGGCAGAUGAGCUAGAAAAUAUUCUUGCAAAGAAGUUUCUUAGGUUUUUAUCAAUGAGAGCAGAAGCAUUCCAAGUGCUGAGGAGAAAACCAGUUCAGGGUUAUGAUAUCAGUUUCCUGAUAACAAACUACCACUGUGAGGACAUGCACAAGCAUAAGCUCAUAGAUUUCAUUGUUCAGUUUAUGGAGGACAUCGACAAGGAGAUCAGUGAGCUAAAGCUUUCGGUAAAUACACGUGGUCGGUUAGUGGCAACUGAAUUCCUGAAGCAGUUCAUAUGACACAUUCUUGGCGAUCUUUGGAAAACAUAAAACCCUAGCAUUGUUAGCUAUGCUGUCUUGGCCUUUGGCGAGCAAAUCUGGAAGGAUCUUUCCACCACUUUGUUUUCCUUUUGUAAAUGCGUUGACAAGGAUAUGUGAAUUCUUGAUCCAACUAGACCUCAUUGGCAGCUAAAAUCUGCCCAGGCAAGAGAGAUGAGGGGAAACAAAGUCAUGGUCAGUAGGUUGAGAUAGAUUUUUUGGCCUUUUGGUUCAAGAAUCCUGUACUGUGCCGGCCAAGUUUUAUUGGAAUGUGGAAUGUCAAAAUUGGGGCUGAUUCUGAUUCUGAUAUGUCAAAAUUGGAAUGUGAAAAUCAGAGACGCUUGUUGUCUCUGAUUCUGAUUUCAGUUCCAUGGCAGGCUGCCUUAGCUGCGUAAAUAUAUUUCACUGUUCAAUC